AUGAAGUCUUGGGGGGUGCUCGCGUGCAACUUGCUUAAAGUUCCUGGCUUCUCUUGCCAUGAACUCGAAGUUGACGGCAAGAAAACAUCGCACAGGUUCCACCUGAUCCUCGACAACCACGAAAAGUUCCAUAAGGAUUCUGACUUCUUUGUGAAAUGGUAUACCGUCCGCACGAUCCACAUUCCCACCACCGCGUCGCUGUGGCUGCAAGCUGACUUGUGCCCUUCCGUCGAAGGUGUGCGUGCCCAAGUGCAAAAAGUCCUGUGCCCCCCCCGCGCAGUCACGUUCCAAUGGACUCCCCCGUCCCCUAUUGAACUUAAGCCCAAGACCACGUACUCCUUCACGGUGUUCUCGAACGGCGAAACCAUUAACGAGUCCCCCAUCUGGUUGAACGGCGCCAAUGAGUUCACGACCAAGAACGACCCCAACGCUGACGUACAGCUCUCGUACACUUACUAUCCAGGCAGCGACUGGUCACUGCGACACUUGCGGGAUGGCCGCGUAGUGCCGUCGCUCCAAAUGUAUACUAGCUAA